GUUUGGUCUCACGUUGGACUUGGAUAUUAACUUUCCCAACAACAGGAAUAUUGCUCAGCGUUUGGUGAUCAGUCUGUGUUAGUGAUGGAAGAGAUCAAUAUUUUAUCAGAAAGCAUUAUUAAAAUAGAAUCAGUUAAAGAAGAACCAGUGGAUGUGAAUGACGAUGAUUGCUGGAAUGACUAUGAUGAGUUGGAGCCUGCAAUGGCUGUGUUUAUUAAGCAAGAAACAUCGUGUAGAGAUGACGAAAAGGAUCCUCUUGCAUCGUGCUGUGAUGGUGUUUCUAUUGCUACAAUAAAACAAGAGAUCACGUUAUGUCUCUCAGAUGAAAGGAGUUUUGCAUCCGAGAAAACCAAAUUUCAAACACAACAGAGCCAAAGUACAGACUUGGAUUGCAUCCCUAAGAGCAACUUCAGCAACUAUGAGCGGACCACGGACUACAAGGACGCGCUCCCAAACACGCAAAUCGACAGGGGAAAACGUUUUGAGUGUUCCAAUUGCCAUAAGAUUUUUAGUAGAAAGGUAACGUUGCAUGGACACGAUCGCACUUACACUAGCGAGACACCUUCCCACUGUUCAGUAUGUGAGAAGACCUUCACUCAACAAGGAACGCUAAAUAGGCAUAUGGGCACGCAUACUAGUGAGAAACGUUUCCAAUGUUCUAUCUGUGAGAAGACCUUCAAUGAGAAAACACAAUUGGUUAUUCACAUUCGCACCCACACAGGUGAGAAACCUCUCAAAUGUUCCAUCUGUGAGAAGACCUUCACUCAACACGGAUCGCUGAAUAGGCACAUGCGCACGCACACUGGUGAGAAACCUUUCCAGUGUUCCAUCUGUGCGAAGACCUUCAGUCAACAAGAAACCCUGAAGCGGCACAUGCCCACUCACAUUGAGCGAGUUGGGACGGGGAAGCGGCGUCGUGCAUUUGUUCUCCGCUGCGCCGCCAUGCUGCCUUCCAGCGAUCCGUCGUGACGUCUUGACUUGACCUCUAGAGGGGGAAAUCCUAGGAGGAAAAUAUUGGUCCUCGCAGAUCCAGCAGUUGCGGGAGAGAAACUGCCAAGCACACGAUACCAUGUUGAAGCAUUUCAGAACGUUCUUUGGCUACGAUCUUAGGACGGGAUGUCAAGUGAUUGCAGUCACCUCUGCCCUUUUGCAAGUUUUAGUGCCGUUUUAGGAGUAAAGCAGAUAACGCAUCUUAUCUUCUGCUUUAUGUUGUUCACCGUGAGCUUCAUAUCAUUUGCAUUUAAUACCAAUGUUUUUACUCACGAAUUUAAAAGUGUAGUUUUUUCAAAUCAAAAUUCCCAAAAGAUUAAUGCUAAACAUAAAUUAUGUAAAUAUUACCUUAAUUUACAUUUGUUAAGGUUUGUAGAUAAAAAAUUAAUGUAUUCUUUUCGAGUGAAUAAUGUAAAGUUUGUUCAAGACAAUGUCUAUGGCAUCCGGAGUUGGCUGAAAUCCAACGUGAUAGGGCUCUGCAUGCUGUUUGUACUAGGUUUAUACUGCAACGUCCUGCUCUUUGUUGGUGGCUCUACAGGCCUUGCCAUAACCUGCGUUCUCAUGUUGCUGUUAUCUAUGUCGGGGAAGAUCUACUUCGGGCUGGUGGUGAACAGCCACCACGCGACGCUGGCGCCCGACCACGUGUGGGGCUCUGCGAUGCGCGUGGGCGACAGCGCCCCGCGCCGCACCUGCCGCUCCGUGCCCCCGCUGCACGUGCAGCAGCCCACGGCCGUCCUCGUCGCCGCCUGAGCCGCGGCUACCCCCGAGGGAGGCCCGAACGCAGAAGCGCAAGCUUACUUGCUUCACUGUGUAGCCCUCAACAAGCGUCUCUCGCAGAUGACACAAAAAAACAUUAUAAAUUGUAAACAAUAUUUUUUUAAUAUUUAUUAAAUGUUUGUGACUGCUUAAUGUACAUUAUUACAUUAUUCACUGCUGCUGCUUCUCUUCGCAUUUCAAUAUCUGUUGUCCGAGAC